AAGUCCUUGGAAUGGCGUGUACCAGAAGUACACGAAAUUCCAACCACACAAAAUUUCGCGUGGGCAUUCCAUUCGUCGAGAAUUUCGCCACGGCGGAAUUCCGCCAACAAGGACUGAGACGAAUCUAAAUACCUCGUCAUUAGUUUCCUGAAGCCACAGAUAUCUGCAACCUAAGCUACUUUCACGUCCGACUGCCUCCUAACUUCCCAUGGCGUCUACUACUAAUGAGCACCCUGUGUGGAAGUACUUUCUCGUGCCUGAAGGUUCCGCAUCGAAUGCAACUAUUAAGAAGUCCUGUAGAUUCUGCAAUAAACAAUGGUCCCUUACCGUUAGUCGAGCGCAGGGGCAUAUUCUUGGGAACGACCCUAACAUUGCCGCAUGCAAGAAUGCCCCUCCGGAAGCGAAAGAGACUCUACGUAAGGUAGUAUCGGAGAAAGCGAGUGGGCAGGAGGCAAAGAGGAUAGCCUCCCAACGGACUAUGGACGCUUUCACCAAGCAAACAAGUGAAAUCGCCAGUAGCAGUGCUGGCGGCUCUACAUCCCGCAAGCGGCCCGGGGGACAGCUGACGCUCCAGGAAUGUCGUCCCGAAACUGCAGCAUUGACAAGCGCGCAACAGGCGGUUGCUACCUUUUUCCACGUUUGUCGUAUCCCUCCCAACGUCGCCGAGCACGCCGCUUUCAAGGGCAUGUUGCGGAAGGUGUCUGCUGCUGGGAUUGGCUUCCCACCACCAGGGCGAAAGCUCAUCAUGGGACGCCUACUGCAGGAUUGCAAGGCUAGCAUGGACACAGCCCUGAAACCGGUGAAGGAAUCAUGGAUCUAUUUCGGUGUGAGCAUUGCGACUGACGGGUGGACGGAUCUUUGUAGCCGUCCCCAAAUGAAUUUUUUGGCGGUGAACACCACAGCGUCGGUCUUCUUGUUCGGCGUGGACUGUGGAACGAAGAAAAAGGGAGGCGAUUUCAUUGCGGAGCACCUCAAAAGAGCAAUCACUAUGGUGGGAGCCGGCAAUGUCGUGGGGUUGCUAAUGGACGGGGCGAGCCCUAACAUUAGUGCGGCCAACAUCAUCAAAGCUACCUACCCGAAGGUGCAGUACAUCCGGUGUGCAGCUCACACCCUGAACAAUCUAAUGAAAGACAUCGGGGGGCGGAAGUGGGCGGCACGCAUCAUCACCAAGGCGCAGGAUCUCAUCUCCACUCUGAAGAAUGCGCAGUGGAUCACUGGUCACUUCAGGGAGCAGAAUUCUCUCGUGUUGCUGAAACCCGCCGGCACUCGUUUUGGGACAAACUAUAUUGCACUACAGCGUCUACUCGAUGUGCGGAAGGUUCUUGAUCAAAUGGUGCUUUCUUCAGGGUGGCGUGCUUUUGCGCACGGCAAGGAGCGGAUGACCAAGGCACGCGAGACAAUCAGGGAUGACAAGUUUUGGGCUGGAGUUGAGAAGGUGGUACAGAUUUUGAAGCCAAUCUACAUGCUUCUACGUGCAGUUGAUGGAAACCAGGAGGUUAUGGGGAGGAUCUAUGAGAUGAUGCUCGACUUGGAGGAGUCCACCAAGCAGGCAUGCAGCUGCUUGAAGGCGAAAGAACGGCAGUGGGUUGCGGGUGCUGUGCGUCGCCGCUGGAACGAGAACAUCAAUUGUGCAUUGCACGUGGCGGGGCGGAUUUUAUAUCCACCGAACCAAUAUGAGAAGAUAUUUGGAGCGGGGGGGGAUGCUGAAUGCUCGGGAAUCUUCAAGCAGUUUAUCGCAGACUACUACAAGGGGGAGUACACUGUUGACAAGGAUGGGACGAGGGUUUUGAUGGCUACAACGGUAGAGAAGGAGAUUCUCAUCUAUGUGAAGGGGGAAGGCGCCAUUGGUGAGGCUAAGGCACGUGCCGAGCAUGAGCUCAUCAAGGCUGGUAAAUUGGACCCCACUCAUUGGUGGGAGUUCAAUGGUCAUCAAUGUCCCAACCUCUCCAAGCUGGCUUGCAGGAUUCUUAAGCAGUGCGUGUCUGCUUCGGCAUGCGAGACGAAUUGGGGGGUGUGGGAGUCCAUCCACACAACCCGACGUAACCGCCUAGGUCCUAAGCGCCUCGAGGAUCUAGUGAUUUUGAGAAGCGUUUUCGGAAGGAAGGGCAUGCGUCGAUUAACAUCGACGAGCAGCAGCACGAUGACUACGAGCCGCUUGACGACGACGACAUUCCAGAGGAUGCAUUCCAGAGGAGGAGGAGGAGGAGGAGGAGGAGGAGGAGGAGGAGGAGGAGGAGGAGGAGGAGGAGGAGGAGGAGGAGGAGGAGGAGGAGGAAGAGGAGGAGGAGGAGGAUGUAGAGGGGGAAGAGGAGCAGGAGGAGGAGGAGGAGGAGGAGGAGGAGGAGGAGGAGGAGGAGGAAGAGGAGGAAGAGGAGGAGGAGGAGGAAGAGGAGGAAGAGGAGGAGGGGGAGGAGGGGGAGGAGGAGGAGGAGGAGGAGGAGGAGGAGGAGGAGGAGGAGGACGAGGAUGACUAGGAAGAGAACCAUGUGGUAGUGAAAGUGCAGACGGAGGCCAUGAGUUUAUGAAUGGAAGGAGCGGACGGCCACAAGGGACCUCACUUUCUGGAGUGAUGGUGACUUGUGAAAUGCCUGGAGGGAUUGCUGUGGUCGUGGUGAACUGUAUUGGUCUUCUGUGGGAGCAUGUUAUGGAUGAAGGGUAUCCUUGUCUGCAAGUGAGACGUAAUAGAUGUCAGAUGUGUUG